AUAACUACUAUGGAGGACAAGAAAAUUAAACACUUUGGAGGAUGUCAUUGUGGAGCUGUUCGAUACAGUGCUUUAGCUUCAUCUAAAGUUAGAGUUUAUUCUUGCAAUUGUAGCGUUUGUUGGAAAAAACAGUAUAAAGGAUUUUCUGUACCUGAUGAAGAUUUUGAAUUACUCCAAGGGAAAGAUAAUUUGACUCUGUAUACUUUUAAUACAGGAGUUGCUAAACAUUAUUUUUGUAAAACAUGUGGUGUACAGAGUUUUUACAAACCACGCUCAAAUCCAGAUCGUAUCAGUAUGAAUGUUUCGUGUAUUGAUCCUGGCACUAUUAAAGAGAUAGAGGAAUUACAAUUCGAUGGUGUAAACUGGGAAGAAUCAAUGAUAAAGAAACCUGUGACCUAAUUUUAUAAAGGCUGUACAAUUUCAGUAAAUAAAACAAGGUCAUAAUCCA